AUGGCUCAUCCUGUGGCCAGAUUCUCAAGCAAGAAUCUCAAGUUCUCCUUGGCCCUUACUACCUCUAGUCAAACCUAUCCAAUCUGCCCUCAAUGCGCACAUCGAUUGCCCUCUGUCUACACCCGUCAAUUCACAACCACUCGGCGCAGAAAUGCUGGUGCCGGCGUCGUCCAGAGCAUUCCAAACAUAGACUCCAAGCUUCCCAAACAUGUGUCUAUGAAGAGUCAGAUGAAAAAAGCCAAUAGGCAACAGAUAGGCACUGAUCUGGGAAAGCUGCCUCAGACCUUCAUCCUUCCUGCCGCUAAAGACCUACCGGGGUGGAUGAGUCCCAAUUUCUUCAAGAGAACAAGGAUUCAUUGGCUACAAUUCAAGACUGCUGUCAAAGACUGGUGGAGCUUAGUGGUCUUUCUUAAAUGGGAUGUCAAGAGAGACCCUCUUACUGGGAAGAAAAUGAGGAGAUCAAUGGAACUAUCCCAGAGAAAUCAGAUUGCGCGAGAUCUACACAAGGACUUUCACGAUGCUUUAAGUGAAGGAGACCUCAAAAGGCUCCAGACAAUUUGCUGCGAGGGACUAAUGGCACAGGCAAGGAUGCGGAUCGAGCAACGGAAAGCCUUGCGCCGGAGAAAGGAACCGUGGGUACUGCUGAGCUACUCGGGUAUUCGAUAUCCAGCUUGGCUUGAGAGAUGGCCCAUCUCCGUGCUUCUGCCUGCAGCAAGCACCAGGGUUGUCUCCGACCGGCUUGCCCCCUUGCCCUUCGCAGACACCUAUCUCCGACAAUGCAUUGUUCGCAUCAACAGCGUUCAAAACUACCUGCUCGCCGACAGUGACAAGGAUGUCAUGCUAAAACACACCGAUUACGUGGUGAUACAAAAAAUGACUGUCAAGGGCGAAGAAGGGCCCUGGAAGAUAUGGGGCCUCACCGAGCCAUCCACCAUGAAGGAGGUUGAUGGCUUGCUUGCCGGCAAAGGACAGGAAGCGACCACUCUUGCAGAGAGGAUACGGGACAAGGUGGCUGGCAUUGCAGGCCUCUAG